AUGUUUGCAAAGUCGAUGUUUCACCUGACGGGGGCGUCGAAACGCUCAGUGCGCGGUGUAGAUUACCUUCGCAACCGCUUCACCAAUAAGGGCACAGCCUUUACUGCUGCAGAGCGGAGUCACAUGAACGUGGAGGGGUUGCUGCCGCCGUCUGUCGAGACCCUUGACGACCAGGUGGAGCGGUACUGGGAUCAGCUGAACCGCUUCAACGAGCCAAUCAACCGCUACCAGCUGCUCCGCAAUGUGCAGAACACAAACGUCACCCUCUACUACGCCAUCCUGACGCGGUACCUGAAGCAGACACUCCCGAUUGUGUACACACCGACCGUCGGCGAGGCUUGCCAGCACUACGGGGACCUCUAUCAGAAGGACCACGGACUGUACCUCGACGUCGCCAACAAAGGCAAGGUGAGGAAGAUGAUUCAGAACCUUCGAAAGACGAACAUCGAUGUCAUCGUCAUCACCGACGGCUCCCGCAUUCUCGGCCUGGGCGACCUCGGCGCCAACGGUAUCGGCAUCAGCAUCGGCAAGUGCUCCCUGUACGUUGCUGCCGGUGGCGUAAAGCCGAGCCGCGUGCUGCCGGUCGUCAUGGACGUCGGCACUAACAACAUCAAUCUCCGAAACAACCCGCUUUACCUCGGUUUGCGCAAGCCGCGCUGUAGCGACGCCGACUUUUAUGCUCUGCUGGACGAGUUCAUGGAAGCCGUGAAGUCCACCUGGCCCUCUGCCGUGGUGCAGUUUGAAGACUUCAGCAACAACCACUGCUUCGACAUGCUGGAGCGAUACCAGCGGAAGUACCGCUGCUUCAACGACGACAUCCAGGGCACCGGCGCCGUCAUCGCUGCUGGCUUCCACACGGCGGUGAAGCUAAGCACGAUCCCCAUUGAUCAGCAGCGCAUCGUCUUCUUCGGUGCGGGCUCCGCUGCGACCGGUGUGGCGGAGAGCAUCGCCGAUCUCGCCACGGUGAUAGGGGCGAAGAGGGAGGACACUAAGAAAAGCGCCUUCUUCGUCGACUCGAUGGGCAUGGUGGCCACCAACCGUGGCGACAAGCUGGCCAAGCACAAGCUGGAAUGGGCCCGCACCGACAUCCCCGAUGCAGACAUCGCAGGACUCAGGACCCUCGACGACGUUGUGCGCUACGUGCGCCCGACAGCGCUCAUCGGCCUCGGCGCCACCGGCAACGUCUUUUCGCGCGAAAUGGUGGAGUUUAUGCACUCGUACUGCCCACACCCGAUCAUCUUCCCGCUGUCAAAUCCAUCCAGCAAAGCCGAAAUUGUGCCGGCGAACGCAUACAAGUGGACGAACGGUAACGCCAUCGUUGCCUCGGGCAGCCCCUUCCCUGAAACGGUCGUCAACGGCCGCACGCUGAAGCCAUCCCAAGGCAACAAUCUGUACAUCUUCCCUGGCGUCGGCCUCGGCUGCUGUAUUGCUCAGCCUCCGUACAUCCCGCAGGAGGUGCUGGUGGCAGCAGCAGCCUGCCUAAGCACGCUGGUCACGCCGGACGACCUCGCCAAAGGGCAGCUGUACCCGCCUAUCGAAGAUGUGCGGCGCGUAUCGCGUGAGGUGGCCGUGGCGUGUAUUCAGAAGCUGCAGGCGAUGGGGAUGGCCAAGGAGGGCCUGCCAGACAACCGCCCAGACCUGAUGAAAGUGGUAAAGCAGGCGUUCUGGGAGCCGCACUACAUGCCUGAGAGCUACUACCUGGAGAAGGAGCUCACUUGCUAA